AAAUGGAAGCCCGGGUUUCCGAUUUUGGUAUGGCAAGGCUUAUCAGUGCCCUUGACACACACCUAAGUGUGAGUACAAUAGCCGGUACACCUGGCUAUGUCCCACCCGAAUACUACCAAAGCUUCCGAUGCACUUCAAGGGGUGACGUUUAUUCAUUUGGGGUCAUCCUUUUAGAACUGCUCGCCGGGAAAAGGCCAACAGAUAAGGAAGAAUUUGGCGACUCCAAUUUAGUUGGAUGGGUGAAAAUGAAGGUAAGAGAAGGAAAAGGAAUGGAAGUAAUAGAUCAAGAGUUACUUUCAGUGACUAAAAGUACCGAUGAAGCAGAAGCAGAACAAAUCAAAGAGAUGGUAAGGUACUUAGAGAUAACACUGCAGUGUGUUGAUGAUUUCCCAUCCAAAAGGGCUACUAUGUUGCAGGUGGUAGCCAUGCUGAGAGAACUCAUACCAGCGAAUUCAACCGGGAGCAACAGUGCUUGAAAAUGCUGUUAAUUAGUACAUUUCUCCAUUAUCAAUAGUGAUAAGGUGUAAAAUUUGAUAUGAUUUCUUUCGAAAACUUUGUCCCUUUGUUUUUUGCUGCAUCUCUGAUCACUGUCUUAUACUGCUGCACGAGUGAAGAAACUCGAAAUAUUGAUGAA